UAUCUCAAAUCUACCUCUUUCUAUAUAUAAUUCUAUCUUUCAUUUCUCAAAUUUCAUUUUAAUUUCAUUUUAACAAACAAAACAAUGGAUUCAAAUGAGAGCUCAUGUAGCGACUCUACGUCGCUGGCGCCACCUUCAACCUCCAUUAUUUCCCCGGCGUCACAGUCGCCGGAGAAUCUCCGGCGAUUGGGAAGCGGCGUGAGCGCAAUCACAGAGGUGGAAUCACCAUCCCGGAAGCUCCAGUCUUCGAAAUUCAAAGGCGUGGUUCCCCAGCCCAACGGCCGGUGGGGGGCUCAAAUCUACGAGAAGCACAAACGGGUGUGGCUGGGGACCUUCAACGAAGAAGACGAAGCCGGCCGCGCCUACGACGUCGCCGCCCAGCGCUUCCGCGGCCGCGACGCCGUCACCAACUUCAAGCCCUUGUCGGAGACCGAAGACACCGCGGCGCUGUCGUUCCUGUUGUCGCGGUCGAAGGCGGAGAUCGUCGACAUGCUCCGGAAACACACUUACGCCGACGAGCUAAGCCGCCGGAGAAGUUUGGAGCACUGCGAGGCCGAGAAGUGGAAGAAAAUGGGCGGCGGAGGAGAGCGGCUUUUCGAGAAAGCCGUGACCCCGAGCGACGUGGGGAAGUUGAACCGGCUGGUGAUCCCGAAGCAACACGCCGAGAAGUACCUGCCAUUAUCGCCCACUACUACCAAGGGAGUUGUCCUAAACUUGGAGGACCAAAACGGGAAAGUGUGGCGAUUCCGCUACUCCUACUGGAACAGCAGCCAGAGCUACGUGCUGACCAAAGGGUGGAGCCGAUUCGUGAAGGAGAAGGGGUUGAGAGCCGGCGACGUCGUCAGCUUCCGGAGGUCCACCGGAGAAGAUAAACGCCUCUACAUAGAUCGGAAGUCCCCCCGGAGUGGGGUCCACUCGCCGCCGCCACCUGUCAAAACGGUGAGGCUCUUUGGAGUCAACAUAUGUAGUAACACGGUGCCACCUGUGAGCAGCAAUGGCGGCCGGAAGAGGAUGGGGGAGCCGGAGCUGUUAUUGCCAUUGGAAUGUAGCAAGAAGCAAAGGGUUAUAGAUGCAUUGUGACAAUUAGGCUUUUGUUAUGUUUUGUUUUCUUGUUUUGUUUUUUUUUUUUUUUUUUUCCAUAAUUUUAGACUCUUUUUUGUUUUUUUAGAUGGUGGGGAAAUGGCGGGACCCCGGUAUAUGGGCAUGCAACGAGUUGUGAAGUUCAAUUGUAUAUAAGUGAUCAAAAGUAGAUUAAACAAAA